AGACUAGAGCUCUGCAUACACUUCCAUUUCUAUCUCGUCUCUCAUCUCUCUCUCUCUCCCUGCUUCGAUUUUCUCUCUCUAGAAACUGUCGCCGGUGGGACGCUGUCGUUUUGUGUUCACCGUUUGCGUGUUUGCUCUGUGGCAGCUGGGGGUGUGUGGGGAGUAGGGGGGCAGAGUGGUAAAUUCGCUUGGACUCCCGCUGAGCUCUAUCGGGUUUGUUGUUGUCUGGAGCCGUCAAAAUAGUAAAGUCAAGCCCUUGUUUAUCGAGGGUAUUGGUGAGUGAUGCUGAACUGGGAAAUGCUGAUGCAGAAGAUAUAGAGUAUUUAGGGUUCCAAACUACAGCUACUUGUUGAUAGAAGAUUAGACAAUGUUGGAGGGUCCAAAAUUUACUGGAAUUAUAGGCCUAAACAAUAACCAUGACAAUUACGAUUUCUCCCAAAAUUUUUAUCGCAAGCUCAAUGAGGGGUCAAAUAUGUCAAUUGAUAGUUACGGGAGCCUGCAGAUGAGCAAUGGUGGAGGUUCUGUUGCCAUGUCGAUGGACAACAGCAGUGUUGGAUCUAAUGAUUCACACACUCGCAUCUUGGGCCACCAGGGACUCAAGCGUGUUAAAAAUUAUUCUGUUGCUGCUAGCGUCAAUCAUGGGAGAGUGUCUCAUGGGCUGAGUGAUGAUGCCUUGGCUCAAGCUUUGAUGGACCCCCGAUAUCCUACUGAGGGCCUUGGUAAUUAUGACGAGUGGACGAUUGACUUGAGGAAACUGAACAUGGGGCCUGCUUUUGCUCAGGGGGCUUUUGGGAAACUCUACAGAGGCACAUAUAAUGGUGAGGAUGUUGCAAUAAAGCUUUUGGAGAAGCCAGAGAAUGAUGUGGAGAGGGCACAGUUGAUGGAGCAGCAGUUUCAACAGGAGGUAAUGAUGCUGGCAAGGCUGAGGCAUCCGAAUAUUGUUCGCUUUAUUGGUGCAUGCCGCAAACCCAUGGUCUGGUGUAUUGUGACUGAAUAUGCUAAGGGAGGUUCAGUGCGUCAAUUCUUGACAAAGCGGCAGAAUCGUUCGGUGCCCCUGAAAUUGGCUGUAAAGCAGGCCUUGGAUGUUGCGAGAGGGAUGGAAUACGUGCAUGGGUUAAACUUGAUUCACCGGGAUCUGAAGUCAGACAAUCUUCUAAUUGCCGCUGACAAGUCUAUUAAAAUUGCGGAUUUUGGAGUAGCGCGUAUUGAAGUACAGACUGAAGGAAUGACACCAGAGACAGGCACAUACCGCUGGAUGGCCCCGGAAAUGAUCCAGCAUAGGCCUUACACCCAGAAAGUUGAUGUAUAUAGUUUUGGUAUCGUGCUGUGGGAACUUAUCACUGGUAUGCUUCCCUUCCAGAAUAUGACUGCUGUUCAGGCAGCAUUUGCUGUUGUCAACAAAGGUGUCCGGCCGACCAUUCCCAAUGACUGCCUUCCGGUUCUAAGCCAGAUCAUGACUCGUUGCUGGGAUGGGAAUCCCGAUGUUAGGCCUUCCUUCAGUGAAGUAGUCAGGAUGCUCGAAGCUGCGGAGACUGACAUCAUGACGACCGUCAGAAAGGCUCGUUUCAGGUGCUGCAUGAGCCAACCGAUGACUACUGAUUGAUGCAGACAAUAAAGUAAAGAAUUGGAAAGGGGAACUGAUUUUGUGUCAGCUUUGUGUAUGUAUCAGGCUUAAUUUGUUUCUUAAGAUAGAAAAAGAAAAAGGGGAGAAAGUCUAUGAUAACUGCUUGUUUUGUGUUGUCUUUUUUUCUUCCUAAAAUUCUGGAUUUAAGAUACUGAAUUAGUGCUAAUAGAGGAGAUUUGAUGUGUAUUUAUGCAUCUUGUGUUGUAUCUAAUAGUUACCGUCUUUAGUUCCAUCUAUGUUGAGCAACUAUAGCAGGUGUCUCAGGAAAGGCUUCCAGCGAGUGCCCGUUCUUGUUCUUUGAUCUUGGAUAUUGCAGGUCUAUUCUCGGCGACUCUUGUCAAUUGAUAUCACACCUCUAA